CCACCACCACCACCACCGCGCGCUGCUCCUCCACGCCACUCUGCGCCCGCUGCCCGCCAUGGAUUCGCCGGCCUCAGAUUUGUCCGACUAUGCCUCUGACGACUUCCCCGACGAGGUCAAGGGCCGCCGCCUCAGCAUGGAGCCCACGCCGGGCACACACGAGCGGCCCAGCAAGCGUCUGCGCCUGAACAACCGCGCGCCGUCGUCGCCGCCCGCUGCGCACGCGAACCCCCCGCCGCCGCUAGAAGACCUGGGCGACCUCAGCGAAGACACAGAUGGCAGCGUGCCUGCGUCGCCGAACCACCACCCGGGCAUGUCGCAGGAUGACGACUUCGGCCAGGACCAGGUCACGGCGUGCAAGUGGGAGGGCUGCGAGGCCGGCGACCUGGAGAACAUGGACAACCUGGUCGAGCACCUGCACGACGACCACAUCGGCACGCGCCAGAAGAAGUACAGCUGCGAGUGGAGCGACUGCACCCGCAAGGGCAUCCCACAUGCGAGCGGCUAUGCGCUGCGAGCCCACAUGCGCAGCCACACGAGGGAGAAGCCCUUCUACUGCACUCUGCCCGAAUGCGAUCGCUCCUUCACCCGCUCGGACGCCCUCGCAAAGCACAUGCGCACCGUCCACGAAACCGAAGCGCUCCGGCCCUCCGACCCCGUCCCCAAACACCACUCCUCCAAUCCCUCCAACAAGUUCCAGCGCAUCAGGCUCGUCCUCUCCAACGAAGCCAAGCGGCCCUCGGACUCCAAAGGCAGCACGCCCGCCUCGCCCUCGUCACUGCACCCCCCAGCCGCAUCCUCACUCCAUCUGGCCCACGCCCCAGACGCAGACCACAGCCACAACAACAUCACAUACAUCCAGGACCUCGCCUCUCCAGGGGCGCCCACCAUGGUCCAGUUCCCGCCAGACAUAUCCUUCACGCCCGCCGAGCUGUCGCUCCCCGCCAACGCUCUGUUCCACUCCUUACGGCGAACGCUCCAGCUCGCGACCGAAGAAGGCGAGGCGCUGCGCCAGGAAGCCGACGCGCUCGAGAAGCAGCGCAAGGCUGAGUGGGACGCCAAGGAAGUGCUCUUUGAGAACUACAUGGAGUUCCAAAUUGCGAAGACAAGGCGGGACAGGCUCGAGCAGGGGCUGGGGGACGGGCUGGAGGGGCUGGAUGCUGCCGAGUGCGAUGUUGGGCCGAGCAGGAGGUUGGAGGUCGAGGCCAGGGACGGGAGGUUACCGUGGUGGAGGGAAGAAGGGUGGGCGAAGAGACUUGCAGAGGCCAGAAAUGGCGGACAAGAGCCUGUGGGAAGGCCGGGGCGUGAUGUUGUGCGGGCCGAGGAGCCUGUAGUGUGAGGGUUCAUGGAUUCGUGCCGCUGUUUGAGACAGGAGUCGUAAGCACUGGAACAGGAGUUUAGGCGCUAUUCUUGAUGCUGGAGACAAAGCGGAAUAUCGAUGCAUCAACAGGGAAAUGAUAGUUUAGAGAUACCAAUUCAUUCAACGACCUUCU